AUGUCGCCUAAACUGAAACCUCUGCUGUUACCGCAGCUGGUGCAACAGCGACAACAAGCCGCCGCCGCCGCCGAUGCGCCGUCCUUUGCAGUCAUGAGCCCCGACCCUUUGGUUUUGGAUCCAUCUUACGUCUUCCGCACGGCCAAUUCCUCGUCGUCCGACAUUACUUCUCCCGUCACACCAGUCUUCUCUCCCAAAGGCCAUCAGCAAUUCUCAAGCUCAAACUCGUCGUUGGAGUCGCCAAUGCUACCCCUGUCAGAUUGCCCAGCAUCACCAACCCAGACGUCGAGCAUCCUCUCGAGUCUGCGCCAGCUGGCCGACGUGGAGGAGGAGCCUCUGCAGCGAGAAGAGGUUGCCUCAACUCUGUCGGAUAGCUUUGGCCUGUAUAGCUGCCUAUGCGACCAACCUUGCACGCACCGCAACAGCUCUGAGGCGCUUUUCCCCGGGGAUUUCGUGUCCGAGUUUGACAUUGACUAUGACAUGGGCUUUCUAAGCGAUGGUGACGUGACUCCGGACACUCGACAUCACCGAAAGAAGCGCAGCGCCGCCGAGGCAGCUUUCUCCGAGUUCACCAUGAGGAUCGGUUCUCGGAUGCCCACGAUCCGGCAAUGGCGGUCAACCAAGCGUACCACUCUCAGAGCAUCUCCCACCACCUGCUUGAGCUUGGAAAACGUCUUGUCAAAUGGGGCAUCAAGCAGUCGCUCAUCCUCCUUGUCUACCUCGAACCAUCCACUUGCUGCCGAUGGAUUCCCCGAGGCCGCCGUGUCGCCAAUCUCGUCGAACCCGUCCAUGUCAUUCUACAGCCUCAACGACGACGGAGAAUGCGGUCUCGGGCUGGAGAUGACGCCGGAGGAUCACGUCAAACUGCAACGCGAUCGAGCCAUGGCCACGACUCCCCUCUUGCCUCCGCUGCUCACCAGCGCGCUAGCCUCGCCUCCCAGGGAAUCACCGUUGCAAUCUCCCAAGGUGGAGUCGAGCCCGACACCAGACGCUCCCCUCUCGCCCACCAUGUCGACGCUUUCUCCAUUUAUGAGGCCAGCUCUCAGCGCCCGGCCGUCGACCUCGUCCCUGCGCAAGGCAUCCAGCAGCUCCGAGCUUCCGCUUGCCCUGCCAGCCAUCCUGCAGGAGCAUGACGAGUGGUCUGAUCGACUCGGCCAUGCCAACUUUACCAUAUCGCCGCAGCCAUAUGAGCUGGCAAGCUUGGAACCGGACGCCAUCGCCAAGUUUCGCAAUGAUUGGGACCUGGCCCGCAUCAACUACACAAAGCACUUGGUGCGCACGGGCGAGAAUUACGGACAAACGAGCAAGAUUUAUGCGCUUACCGAGGCAAAGUGGGCCGAGAUUGAGCGACGUUGGAAGACGACGUUGGAAGAAGUGAUUAAGAAUUCGUGCCAUUCGGCUCCUGGCUCCGCCGCAGCAUCCCGCAACCAAAGUCGCGGACGCGGACGCGGACGUUCCAGCAGUUCCAACGCCGCGGCGCUUGCCCGUCUUGCGCCACAGGACGAUGUGCUUGCCGAGCUCGAAUGGAGGCGUGUGGAAGACUGUCUGCCCAGCGCAGUGCCGCAGAUGCUCGAGUCCCUCAAUGCGGACGGCAAGUUCCCCGGCCGGGGUGACGAAGACAUUGUCGGUCCCAUGCAGCGAGAUACCGUCAUGGCACGCGGACGAAGUGAGGAUGCAAAGAGCCACUUUUGGAAAAGCCUUGCCGAUAAAGUAGGACUGCGAAAGUGA